UCUAUGACGGUUGCUGAGUGGCGUUGGCAGAAUGGACUGGGUGUUGCUUUUUACAGUUUUAUGCGGUGUUGUGUUCGCGAACGCAGCCGUUGAUAUAGAAAGAAAAAGGGCGGUUGUAAAACGAUUGGGUAUGUGUAAGAAUCAGAAAACCGACGACAUGCCAAUGCAGUUUUAUGAUACCCAAGUCAGCCACGACAAAUCCAAGGACACUACCAUCAGCAUGAAAGUUAACGUCACGAGAGUCAUUACUAAUUUAAGCAUAGUUUUUAAUUUCUGCAAAUGCGACUUCUCCGGCAACCCGGACAGUUGCGAGUACGUGCUAAGUGACUACGCUAAUGAUGAGAUAUGUUACUAUAUCGGGAAAGAAAACGAAGCCUGGAGUAUUUUUAUCGAUCACUUCGAUAAAAAACCUUUAUGCCCCAUUAAACCGGGUAUUUACGUGUUAACAAACUUGCCGAUUACAACGGAUUUCAUGAAAUACCUGCCGAUUUCUGAUGCCGUUUGGAAACUUAAAUUGGAAGGAAGUGAUAUGGGGCAACCGGUUUCUUGCGUUGAAUUGGAAAUGCAAAUUUCCACUUUUCUCGGAAAAGUCAAACGUAAAAGGCACUAAAUAUGUUUUCCUUCCAUUUGUAUUGUGUUUUCCUUAGAUAUGUUUGUGCAAUAAAAUGUUUUUUGUGUUUUGUA